AUGUCGACGUCGACGGGUAACUACCCUUCUGUACUGCUCCCCGCCGACCGAGCCGCGUUCGCCGCCGUGGUCGCACCCUCGCCCUCGCACUCGCCAUCGUCGCCUGGCUCGACCACCGCCGAUUCGACGACUGCGAGCAAACAGGAAUGGCCACCGGUCUACGCCCAUCCUGCCUCCCAGUCGCAAUCUCAACAGUCGCAGUCGCAGUCGCAGUCGCAGGCGGGCACGAUGGACAACCCGUUGAUCCCCAAGCGGCGUCGGCGUACUUCACCGGACGAGCUGCGCAUCCUCGAAGCCGAGUUCCAGGCCAACCCGCUGCCUUCCCAGGCGCAACGAGCCGCGCUGUCCGCUCGACUGGGCAUGACGGGCAGGGCUUUACAAGUGUGGUUCCAAAACAGGAGGUGAGUGUUGCGCUUCUUCUCGAGCAAGAAGGGGUCCGGGUGUUUGGGGUGUUUGGGUUGUUUGCUUCGUUCGCCGUUCGGACGGUGCUCGGGUGCUGCUCGGUCGCCUCUCUGGUCUCCGCGUCGUCGUCGCGCGCGCGCCCCGAAAUUCCCAGCGGCCGCCCGACGCGGCUCAGCGCGUUUGUUGCCCCCGGCGCUCGCUCGCUCAACCUGCGAGAUGGCUUCUCCCCCUUGCCCGUCACCCAUCACACACACCCACCCACAUUCACAUCAAGUUUUUCUUCACGACGAGUGGCAUAACUAACAUCUUGUUCGGAUCCCCACCACAGACAAAAAGAAAAGAAGGAUGCCGGUGCAUACCUUGGCACCUCGGGCGACUCCUCCGAAGGCAGCGCGACUGACCAGGACCGUGAUGCCGCCGACCUCGAAGGCCUGUCGUUUGCCAUGUCCUCGUCCCCACCCCGACCAUCACCGACAGAGCCUCAUCGUCACCACACCCAAGUCAGAGGCCACGCACGAGGCGGGUCCUACCUCGAUGCCAAGGCCCUCGAAUCGCUGCCAUCGUCGGAGCAGAUCUACCGACGCCCCGACGCCGACAAGGAGAACCAAGCCGUGCCAACCGCAACCUCUUCCUCCUCCGACUCUGCGUCCAUUUCUCUGGCCACCACGGCCACUCGAGGUCUCCCGAGUGUCCUCAACAACGCUAGUGGAUCCUCUUUCCACACAUGGCACAUCUCCGCCGCCAGCACGGCCCCGAUCCGCCACACCUUCACGAUCCCGGCCGCCGUAUCAUCGGGUGUUACCCCUCCCCUCCCUGUCUACGUCGUCAAGCCCACGACGAACGAGUCGCGCGACCAGUUCCAGCAUCGGUCCUCGACAACGAGCGUCAUCGCGGCCAAGAAGCACGUCAAGCGAAGGCCGCUCGGCUCCCACGCCCCGACUGCGCGCAAACCUUCUUUGCCCCACUCGUUCAACUUCCCAUCCUCCCCCGAUACCGCGACGACUGCUUCCUCCUCUGCUGCGAUGAGCAAGGAUGGUCGACUCAAGGCGCCCACACUUCGACGCACCGUGUCCAACGUUAGCAUCAACAGCAACACGAGCGAAUCCUUCUCUUUGCAGACGAGCGAGUGUGGUCGAGCGAGCGCAGUCUGGCUCGAAUCCCAACAGACCCAGCGAGUCGAGUCACCGACAUCGUCGACGUUCCCCGCUUCGAGUGCUCCGACGGCCACACCCAGCGUCCUGAGAGGGUUCAAGUCGCACGACAAGGAGGUAUGGCGAUUGAUGCAGUCCGAUGCGCCUUCGUCGCCGAACCAAUCCCCCGCGCCGUUGACGAGGAAGAUGAUGCUCGCCCAUGCUCAGGCGCAAGCGCAGUCGGCCGAGAAUGAGACCGAGUCCUCUCGCCACAUGAUGCUCUCUUCCGAGGACGCCCCUUCCUUCGACAUCGAUGCGAUGUACGACGAUCAACCUGCGCUCGCUACAGCCGCGUCGAUCAACGCUCGUUCGAGUCGUCGACCCAACCCCAUUCGAGCCAUCUCCUUGGGCGGCACGUCCACCUCGCAAACUUCGCGAGCAGGAGGCGAAGAAGCCUGCGCCGUCUCGGCUCUCGAGAGGAAGCGUCAACGCGUGCUCGAGACCUCGUACUCGGCCGUGCCUACCGCCCCAGCAGCCACUAAACCCUCGCGACGUGGAUCAUCCGGUGGUCGCUCAACGACGAGUCGUUCGUCCUCGGCAGGCGCACCUUGCCGAUCGAACAGCCACAACGGACCCCGACGCGCCAACUCGUCAGAAAAGACACACACUGCAGCACGCAAGAUGUUGCGCAUCGAUACCGGCUCUUCGUCGGCCCACGAUGCCAAGAGCUUCGUGUCCCCUCGUGAAGCGCUUUCGUCGCCUCAGGAAAGUGUAGACGAGAACGACCAUGAAGACGGCUCGUCUUCGAUGGGCGAUUUGAGCUACUCUUCGACCUGCACGACCUCGACCACGUCCGGACUCGGGACACCCAAGCUCGAGGCGGAGAGUUACUUCGCCCUCGGUGGGAAGGGAGCCGCGUCGAUGGUCAAGAAGGAUUGCUCGAACGACAUGGUCGAUCAGGAACGCGAAUGCGCGGAACUGCUUUUGGGUCUCGGUGGGGGUGGCAUCUUCUGCUGA